AUGGCAUACCCGGACUAUCCCGAGGACGUCCCGCCCAUUCUUCGCAUGGACGCCCUCCGCCGCUUAUACUGGCCAGUGUACGAGGACAUCUCGAACAUCCAGGUCUUUGACGACCCAGAAGAGGACGAGCAGGACUCGCCCAAACGCCCUUUCCUCGGACAUCCCUUGGCCGAGGAACACGUCACCAACUACGGCCUGACUGAGCUCCUGAUCAGAAUCGGCAUGCAAGAGGGCAAAGAAUGCCAUACCCUCGACAACGAAGAAUACGAGGACCCCAAGAUGGUGGUCAAACGUGACGAUGGCGGGGCGAUCACGUUUGGGGACUUUGUGACACAGAUCCAUCCGUUUCUUAAUGAACACAAGGAGGAGACUCUGCAGCUUUGGGAGGAGCUUCUGGAGAGAGUGGAUGAAGGCGAGGUCAUUCUCUUCGAUUGUUGUUUGACCGGAUAUCCCCAAGAUUUGGAGAGUCGAGAGGAGACACUGCCGGUGACUAUAGAGCUUAAGAAAAGCACCCAGAAGUAUGAUGAGCGGUAUUACCGGUGGAAGGCUGCCAAGGCUGCAGCGCGGCAGAAGGAAACCGUUCAAGAGGGGGAAGACACUGCAGAGGGGUGA